UGAAACGGUAAUAAUUAUGCGAAACAGACGUAUUAGAUAUCUGAUACGUUUAUAUGUUGAUAUUGUGUAGGUAUAUUUGCUGAUAGGAAGUGUUAUAAGAAUGGAAUAAAAGAUUCAGAUAAAUGUGGUCGCAGUAUUACAGAUAUGAAUAAUUUGAUAUUACAAGGAUGAACAAGGCAACAGAAUCAUUAAGAAAAGGAAUCUUUUGUAUCAAAUCUUGUAAAGAGGCAAAAUAUCUGUUUCAACCCUAAAGCAUUGUAUACCUUUGAACCGCAGAACGCUGUGAAACUACAGUCAUGUUUCGUGUUCUACUCGGAGUGUUUGGAAUAAGUUAAAGACACCAUUCCAUAUUACUGCCAUUAUAUUAUUACUAGGACGGUAAACAGUGUACGUCACUGGCAAGGUUUGGGGAGAUGAUAAAGUAUAAAUCACGAAUCAGCACGAGAUCUCUGUUAUGUAAAGCAAUCAAAAUCCCCGUGUUUGUUCCACCCGUGCUUAUCCUUGUGAAUAUUUACGUGAUCAUGACGGGGCCCCCGUGUCCUAUAGACGAUACAGGCAACCCAUAUAUACAAGGAGGUCCGUCACUGAAAGACAACUUAUCAAGGGUUGUAGUUGAUGAAGAGAUGGUGAAGCAGAAGACUACAAAUGAACAAAGACUUGCUCACAUCUCAGCCGUGUGUGCCAAAUAUAACCAAGACGAAAAGUUUAGAGGUAUGAAGAUGACAGGGGAGGUGAUCGCAACCCCGGACAAAUCACUGAUAUAUUGUGAUAUACCAAAGGUGGGUUGUACCCACUGGAAACAGGUGUUCCGUUAUAUAACACAUGAUUAUGAGGGGAAUGUAAACAGUCCGGAAGAAAUUCCACGUAUUUAUGCCCACUUUGGGCCAUGGAAUCAUACGAGUUUGAUCAAACUUAGCGAUAAGACCGCAGUAAAUGAACUAAAUAGUCGAGGAUUUAAAUUCAUGAUGUCACGUGAUCCUUAUGAGCGGCUAUGGUCCGGCUACCUGGAUAAAUUAUUUCUCCCCGACUUCUGGUGGUGGUUGGGAACAAAGAUGGUGAGCGAGGUUCGCCCCGAGGCUGAUGAGUUAUCAAAGAAAUGUGGUCACGAUGUGACAUUCAGUGAAUUCCUAGAGUUCACUGCUAUUCACCUGAGACAAGGUAAACAUGUCGACAUGCAUUUUGAACCUAUGCAUAGACGGUGCAAUCCUUGUCAGUUAAACUUUAGUGUUAUUGGAAAAAUGGAAACGUUUUCACAAGAUUCUAAACUGAUCCUUGAUAAAGUAAAAUUAAAACAUCGCUCAAAGAGAAGCGUUGUGACCGAUCGUUCUUUAGAAGAAAUCAAAAUGUUAACUAGAUAUAACUUUGACAUUCAGAAUCGCCUGACAUCACUUGGAAAGAAGGAGGAAUGUUACAAUCAGGUUGAGAUAGCUUACAGACUGUGGAAAACUUUCCAGUUUAACGGUUAUAUUGGUGACGAGGUGGAAUUUCCAGAGGAGGAAAUUGCUAAUAUACAAAGCAGAGAACAUAUCAAAGAAGUGUUGUUGAAUAAAUUAAUAGCUGUAAGAAAACGAGCAUCACCUGAUGCUCUAAAGCGAUGGAAAGAACAGAGACAACUCUAUGUAGAGAAAGCGUAUGAGAAUAUCCCUAGACAUAUAGUGGAGGCAAUCAGAGACGAGUAUUCAAAGGACUUUGAAUUGUUUCAGUAUGAUCGUGAACCAAAAUUCAUAUUUCGACGAUAACCGCAUCUUUCUGAUGCUGGUUUGAAAAUAAGAUAUAAACUAGCACAUCGUGAACGAGAACAAAAGUCUGUUUAAAAAUAUAUAAAAAUAAAGUGAAUUAAAAUUGUAUUUUUGCAUUUUCUGUGAUAACGCGAAAACAGAGAGUGGAACGGGCUCACGAAUCGAAUCGAAUUGUCUGGUCACAAACUUGAUUGUAGUUGUUUUUCCUUAAAAGGAAAGAUGUGUCUACAGUAUUCCAUGUACCUGGAGGCGGUAGUAAAACCUUCUUA